AUGGUGUCACUAUUUGGCUGGGGCUCAAGCCCGAAAUCUGAGUCGAGCGAGCCAGCACCUCAGGAAAAGCCGCUGCCCGAUCAAUCUCAGAUCCCAACACCACCACCAGCACAAAUAACGCAGCCGCCUGCGCCGCAAACAAAGACGACCCUCAAACUCCUCCUGGGAGGAAUGACUUUCUUCGCGCUCUCAUUACUCGUGACGCGGCGCGCUUUCCACAAGAAGCGAAUUGCUUGCAUGCCGCAAUACUACACAAGCUCGGUGUACCACCAGCCGUUCUCGAACUCCGCGAUGGACGCCUUCGAGGCGCUGAACCUGGCUACGCUGAAUGUGAUUUCGUUCGGGUUGAUGGCUGGCGGUGCGGUUGGGUAUGCAUUGGAUAUCAACGGGCUUGAGGAUUUGAGGAAAUUUGUGCGGGCUGGGUUGCAGGGUGGAAGUGAUGUGCCUAUGAAGAGUGAUGAGGAGCUUGAGGUGGAGGUUACGGAGUGGGUGACCAAAGUGUUUGGUGAUAAGUUUGAGAAGGAGUUGGAGAAGGAGAAGAUGAAGAGGGCGUUCCAGGACGCUCGGGAAGAGCAAGGGACGAAAGAAAACUGA